AAUCACAUAAUUUGUACAACCCAAAAGCAAAUAACCAUGGCUCACCAUAUCUGUUUCCUUUCCUUGCUCCUAAUACUAGCCGCAGCGCCCCUUCGUGGCACCCAUGCAGUCGACUACGUCGUCACCAACAACGCGGGAACAAGCCCCGGCGGCGUCCGCUUCAACAACGACAUCGGAGCUGAGUACAGCAGGCAAACUCUGAUCUCCGCCGCCGACUUCAUCUGGAGGGUAUUCCAGCAAAACGCAGCCGCAGAUAGGAACAGCGUGGACAAAGUCAGCUUGAUCGUUGAAAACAUGGACGGCGUCGCAUUUGCUAGGGGCAAUGAGAUCCACGUCAGCGCAGGCUACAUAGCUGGCUACUCAGGCGAUGUGAAGAAGGAGAUCACCGGUGUGCUUUAUCACGAGUCAACGCACGUGUGGCAAUGGAAUGGGAACGGUCAAGCCCCAGGGGGUUUGAUUGAAGGCAUUGCUGAUUACGUGAGGCUCAAAGCAGGGUAUGUGCCAGGCCAUUGGGUUCAGCCAGGUCAGGGGAACAAGUGGGACCAGGGGUAUGAUGUCACUGCUAGGUUUUUGGACUAUUUGAAUGGCCUGAGAAAUGGGUUUGUGGCAGAAUUGAAUAAGAAAUUGAGGAGUGGUUAUAGUCCUAAUUAUUUUGUUGAUUUGCUGGGGAAGAACGUUGAUCAGCUCUGGACUGAGUACAAGGCCAAGUAUGGAAACUAGAUAACAUUAAGGGCGUGCAGGCCAAGGGCUGAUUUAAGGGAAUAAAUUGUUGUAUUAUUAAUAAAUAAAUUGUCUUAAUAAGAAUAUGCAUGAUUUAUAUA